UUAUAGCAACCACAUCCAAGGCAAAACAUCAGAAAGAGAAUAUGAACUUUCUCGCUUCACUCUUCUUCCUAUCCUUCCUCCUUUCUGUCUUCCCUUCUUUCAUAUCGUCUGCAAUAUUAUUUCAGGGGUUCAAUUGGGAGUCAUGUAACAAGGCAGGAGGAUGGUACAACUCUCUGAAGGACUCCAUUCCUGAUCUGGCCAAUGCUGGAAUUACUCAUGUUUGGCUUCCUCCUCCCUCCCAAUCAGUUGCACCUCAAGGAUAUAUGCCAGGCAGACUCUAUGAUCUUAGUGCGUCGAAAUAUGGAUCCCAAGAUGAACUGAAAUCUCUAAUAGAGGCUUUCCAUCAGAAGGGAAUCAAGUGCCUGGCUGACAUUGUGAUAAACCACAGAACUGCUGAGAAGCAAGAUGGUAGAGGAAUAUAUUGCAUCUUUGAAGGUGGAACUCCUGAUGGCAAACUCGACUGGGGUCCUUCCUUCAUUUGCAGAGACGACACUGCCUAUUCUGAUGGUCAGGGAAAUCCUGACACUGGAGAGGACUUUGGAGGUGCCCCUGAUAUUGAUCAUGUCAAUCCCACAGUUCAGAAAGAAUUAUCAGAUUGGAUGAAUUGGCUAAAAACUGAAAUUGGAUUCGACGGAUGGCGAUUCGACUUUGUUAAAGGAUAUGCUCCUAGCUUUACCAAGAUUUAUAUGGAACAAACUUCACCAGAUUUCGCAGUCGGAGAAAAAUGGGAUUCUCUUGCUUAUGGUCAGGAUGGAAAGCCUGAUUCAAACCAGGACGGACACCGAGGUGCACUUAAAGAUUGGAUUGAAGCUGCUGGAGGGGUUGUGACAGCAUUUGAUUUCACAACAAAAGGGAUUCUUCAAGCUGCUGUGCAAGGAGAAUUGUGGAGGUUGAAAGACUCAAAUGGAAAGCCUCCAGGAUUGAUUGGACUAUCCCCACAAAAUGCAGUGACCUUCAUCGAUAAUCACGACACUGGAUCUACUCAACACCUUUGGCCAUUCCCAUCUGAUAAAGUCAUGCUGGGAUACGCUUACAUACUCACUCAUCCUGGAGUUCCUUCCAUAUUUUAUGAUCACUUCUUUGACUGGGGACUGAAGGAAGAGAUCAGUAAAUUGGCCACAAUAAGAAAGAACUACGGGAUUGAUUCAACAAGCUCUGUUAAUAUUUUGGCCUCUGAUUCUGAUCUCUACGUCGCGGCAAUUAACGACAAUAUCAUUAUGAAGAUUGGGCCGAAGACCGAUCUUGGAACCCUCAUUCCCUCAAAUUUCCAGGUUGUUUCCUCUGGAAAGGACUAUGCCGUGUGGGCUAAAAUGUGAGAAUAAAGAUGCUCAAUAUGCUAAGUCUUCGUAAAAUAAUUCAUUUCCAAAAAGUGGGCCCACGCUAUGCGCAGCCCAAGCUAAGAAUUCAAUGCUUGUCAAAAAUUCCAUUCGCAGACUUCAUGUCCUUUUCCUACUUAUGCAUUUAUGUUAUUAAGAGGACCUACCUCAUAUUAUUUGGUCUUAAUAAAAAAAAUCAAUAAUAUCCCAUUUAAUUUCACCCA